AUGCCAACGGCAACCAGAGCAGGCGUGUAUGGUCGUGAAGAGGGUGGCGCUGGCGCGGACGAUGCGGGUGACAGCCCAGCAGGGGGGACAAACCCAGGCAGUAGCUCAAGCCAACCAACACCGGGGGAGGGGCACCCAUACAAGCUUCAGCAAUGCCGCGCGAGAUAUCUAUUAGACUCCAUUGAUACAACGGAGACGACCAAGGGGGUGCCCAAUGAGUUACGAUACUCUGAAACACAGAUGACCAAGCACUACAAGGACCCUGAACAAUUGAAUAGAAUCAUUAUUGUCAGCCUCAGACACCAUCCAGUAGAGAAUCUGUUAGAGAAGUUUCUCAAUGACAUGCAGAAUAAGACAUUGAACGUGGAGGUGCACACAGAGCGAUUGCAUCGAACAAUGCAAGUGUUAGAAGAGUGUUACCGCAACUCGGACAAAGAGACUAUACACACGCAAAAUCCUCAAGAUCAGGCACUUACGUACUACGGACAACAGAAGAAAGUGGACGUCAUCAUCAAAGCAGACAAACUGCCUGAUGAAAGUGAAGGUCACUUAUCCGAUAUGAAACACACCACGUUUUACUCUCCUACUGAAGCAAUCAUAAGAGUAGCGGCUAAAGUACAGGCAGAGCGUUUGUACAGAGAGCGUAAGAAACGCAACUCGCAGCCAGUCACACGCAGCCAGUCUCAGAACGGCACAACCACUGCGACCAAACCUGAAACGUCACAAACCAGAGAAAGGCGCACCGAAACAAACCAAGCCAAUAGGACAAACUCAAGAGAAGUGAGAGGCGCGCGAAGAGCGUGCAUGUCCUUAUUGUAA